CUCACUCAUCUCUCUCAUGGUGUGAUGUGAUAAUGAACGUCGUGCGUUUUCGAUUUUAUUAAAACAUCGUGAUCGUUGAAGACGUUGAAGACAUAGUUUAAGUGGAACUAGUUCAGUGCAGUUCUAGGUUUUAAUGUCGUGACAGUGAAAAUGCAGUUCUAUAAGGAGAGGAUUUUAAAUGCCGCACAAUUAAAAAAACUCAGUGAACACAAAUACUCGUGUACGAGUAGCAGUAUUUUGGAUGCAUGGCUCCAGCCCUGGUGGUGCUGGUUGGUGUCGAAGACUCCGCUAUGGCUAGCACCGAAUCUCAUUACAAUAUUAGGAUUAAUAGUUAAUAUCGUCACCACACUCAUAUUAAUCUGGUACAGCCCAGACGCGCGCACAGACCCGCCCCGGUGGGCGUGCCUGCUGUGCGCGGUCGGCGUGUUCGUCUACCAGAGCCUCGACGCCAUCGACGGCAAGCAGGCGCGGCGCACGGGCAGCCAGUCGCCGCUGGGCGAGCUGUUCGACCACGGCUGCGACUCCAUCUCCACGGUGUUCAUCGCGCUCGGCGCCUGCACCGCCGUCAACUUGGGGGAAUACCCCACGUGGAUGUUCUUCCAGUGCUUCUGCGCAAUGACGUUGUUCUACUGCGCGCACUGGCAGGCGUACGUGACGGGCACGCUGCGUAUGGGCCGCGUCGACGUCACGGAGGCGCAGUACUCCAUCAUCGCCAUCCACCUCGUGUCCGCCACGCUCGGCGCCCGCUUCUGGUCCACGCAGAUCCCGUAUACAUCGGCGCCGUGCGCGCUGAUAGUCACCAGCGCGUGUUUCUUGGCGCAGCUCAACCUUGUGCUGGGCUUCGGUGCCACCUUCCGCGUGAGGGGCGCGGGGAAAAACGGAUCCACCGUCGCUUUACCGCUGGGCCUCGACGUGCGUCUGGCCUCCAAUAUCGCGGUCGUCCUAAUGUCUCUCUACCUCAUACUGGGAUACAUUAAUGUCAUUAUGAGGGGCGGAGUGGGGAAAAACGGCUCCACCGUUGCAGGCACGAGCAUCCUGUCGCCGGUGAUCCCGUUCUCGCUGGUGGUGGUGCCAGCCUUCAUCAUCUUCCAGAAGUCUGAGUCACACGUGUACGAGAACCAUCCCGCGCUCUACAUACUUGCCUUUGGGAUGGUGGCCGCCAAGGUCACUAAUAGAUUGGUGGUGGCGCACAUGACGAAGAGCGAGAUGGACUUAUACGACUGGUCGCUGCUGGGCCCGGCCAUGCUGUUCCUUAACCAGUACUUCAACAACGCCAUACCCGAGUAUUACGUGCUAUGGCUUUGCACGAUAUGGGUGUGCGUGGACCUGGUGCGCUACUGCGGGCAGGUCUGCAUGGAGAUCUGCGCGCACCUGAAGAUCGCGCUAUUCCGCAUCCACCCCCCGCCCGCACCCCCCGCAGCCCCCGCAGCCCCCGCCAACGGUACGGCCCGCCGCGUGUCCGCGCUGACGAGUGACAGUGAAAAGUCAGAGUCGGAGGAUUCGGCGCCGCUUUUAAACAACAACUCUAUUAGCUAAAACUCCCUUCAUUCAACGACAAAAUAUUUGCAUUGAUA